AUGCCUGCAUCUGCUCGUGCUCAGAUUCAGCCACCGUCUUGCUUUCGACACUGGACAAGCGGCGACGGUAGCUCGGUCAGGGACGUUGCUUACUCCACUCGCUCGCUCUCGAAGCAAGGCGGAGACGGUUCCCGCGCUAGUGUACGUGCACAGUGGUCGUGUCGGGCGCCUUGUCUUGGGGGCGUGAUAGGGGAGUAUCAGUCUGACGUCUGGUUCUCUCGUUAUUGCUUCGCUCUCGUUUUAGGAUAUAGCCCACGUUCCGCUCUGAGUCGAAACGCCAACGUCGCCUCGAGGAACCCCAGUCGCUGGAAGGGAACAGCCACGUCGCUCGAGACAGCCGCGUCGCCCGAGGAACAAGCCACGGUCGCAGAGGAAACAGCCACGUCGCUCAGGAACAGCCACGUCGCUCGAGAACAGCCACAGUCGCCCGAGGAACAGUUCACGUCGCUCGAGAACAGCCGCGUCGAUCGAGGAACAGCCACGUCUUCGAGGAACAGCCCCGUCGUCGAGGAACAGCCCGUCGCUCGAGAAAACCCGUCGCUGCGAGGAACAGGCCGCGUCGCCCGAGGCAACACGCCACGUCGCUCGAGGCAACAGCCACGGUCGCUCGAGGAACAGCCCGGUCGCUCGAGAACAGCCACGUCGCUCGAGGAACAGCCACGUCGCUCGAGGGAACAGCCGACGGUCGCUCGAGGACAGCUGCGUCGCUUUCGAGGAAUCAAGCCACGUCCGCUCGGGAACAGCCACGUCGCUCGAGGAACACCCAACGUCGCUCGAGAACAAGCCACGCGCCCCGAGGAACAGUCACGUCGCUCGAGGAACAGCCGCGUCGUCGAGGAACAGCCACGUCGUUCGAGGAACAGCCACGUCGCUCGAGGAACAGCCACGUCGCUCGAGGAACAGCCACGUCGCUCGAGGAAUCACCAAAUCACGUCGCUCGAGGAAACAGCCCCGUCGCUCGCAGGAACAGCCAGUCGCUCGAGCAACAGCCACGUCCGUUCGAGGAACACCCAACGUCGCUCGAGGGACGUCACGUCGCUCGAGGAACAGCCGCGUCGCUCGAGGAACACCCACGUCGUUCGAGGAACACCCACGUCCCCCGCCGAGGAACAGCCACGUCGCUCGAGGAACAGCCACGGUCGCUCGAAGGAACCCACGUCGCUCGAGGAAAGCCACGUCGCCGGAGGAACAACCCACGUCGCUUCGAGGAACAGCCACGUCGCUCGAGGAACCCCACGUCGCUCGAGAACACCCACGGUCGCUCGAGGACAGCCACGUCGCCUCGAGGAACAGCCCACGUCGCUCGAGGAACAGCCACGUCCGUUCGAGGAACAGCCCACGUCGCUGCGAGGAACAGCCACGUAUGCUCGAGGAACAGUCACUGCCUCGAGGAACAGCCACGUCGCUUCGAGGAGGAACAACCACCGUCGCUCGACGAGGAACAGCCACGUCGCUUCGAGGAACAGCCAUGUCGCUCCGAGGAGGAACAGCCCGUCGCUCGAGGAGGAAACAGCCCCACGUCGCUCGAGGAGCAGCCACAUCGCCCGAGUGAACAGCCACGUCCUCCGAAGGAAACAGUCCAGUCGGCCCGAGUAG